UGUCAUGUGUCACACUGAAAUCUUGACCUAGGAUUUUUUGCAUUUUGGAUUUAUUGUACAAAAGCAAUGAAAUAUAAUAAUAAUUAUUAAUGGAAUAAAAGGAUUAAAUAUCAAAUUUAAAAUGCUUAGUCGUCAUAUUUGGUGUGCAGUAGAACUAACUCACAAUUGCCACCGUCCCUUGCUGAAGCAAACCUCGAAUCCGUUCUUGAGUGCCCGCAUUCAGUUCAGAAAUGCCUUCCACAACAGACGAUCGGCGAGAAGGCCGCGCGUGGAAGAAGAUCUAGGACCUUUUCAUAUUGAAUCUGGACCACUAGACAGUAAAAGUCUCUUUCGACCUUUGCUGUUCACAGUAGGGGUGUCGACUGCCAGUGUGGUGGGAUGUGCAAUUUGGGAAUAUGAAAAACUCCGCUCUCACGCAGCCUCAGUGUUCCGACGGCCCGGCAACUGGCUUAGUGUACAUCAGAAAAAAAUUAUAUCACAGUUUAAGUCUGAGCCUGGACCUAUAUCAAAAUGGUGGUCAUCAUUGAAGGAAAAUGAGAAAGUAUUCUACCCAAUAUUUGCUCUCAACUGUCUAGUGUUUGCUGCAUGGAGAGUGAGAUCCUUACAACCAGUAAUGGUCAAAUAUUUCUGCUCAAAUCCUGCUAGCUCUGCCAAAUGCUUACCCAUGGUGCUGUCAACGUUCAGCCACUAUUCCCCCCUGCACUUGGCCGCCAACAUGUAUGUGCUGUACAGCUUCAUGCCAGCUGCGGUGGCCACGCUCGGGAAGGAGCAGUUUGUCAGCAUGUACCUGAGUGCGGGCGUCGCUAGCAGCUUCGCCAGUUUCCUCUACAAAGUUGUGUCCAAACAACCCGGGCAUAGUCUUGGUGCUUCUGGCGCAAUAAUGGCAGUGUUGUCGUAUGUGUGCGUCCAAUAUCCUGACACUAAACUAAGCAUCAUCUUCCUGCCGAUGUACACAUUUGCUGCUGGCUCGGCUAUAAAAGUGAUAAUGGGCGUAGACCUGGCCGGAGUGCUAUUCGGGUGGAAGUUCUUUGAUCACGCCGCACAUUUGGGAGGCGCUGCUUUUGGCAUUGUUUGGAGCUAUUGGACGAGUCAAGAGAUCUGGGGCAACCGCGACAAGUUCCUGCAGUAUUACCACACAAUACGAACAAACGAUACUAGUAGGUAGCAAUAGCUAAAUUUAGCCACAUUCUGAAUCAAAGAAUAACAUUACCUACACGGAAUUGCAAUGUUAAUUUCAAAGUUCUAAUUAAAUUCAAGGUUUUUAGAUUCCUAAUCAAAUGUAAGAAUGGCAGAGGGCCUACAGUGGCAUUCCGUUCUUAUUUACCUAUUUUGUUAAACUAUGACAAGAUAAUUUUAUAUAGAAAAUGGAUGUAAUAAAUGUUUAGUUGUUCAA